AUGAACGAUAAAAAGCAAAAUAAUGAUGAUUUUCAUUCGAUUAAUGUUGAAAUAACUCCAACAUCAACUGAUCAAUCAAGAAUAUCAUUUAUAAAUAUUCUAAAAAGAAAAAAAUUCUUAUGGAUUACAAUCGGUGUUGUUGUUACUCUAAUUAUAUUAUCAAUAAGUAUUUCAUUACCUAUCGUAUUGAAAAAAAAGAAAAAUGUAUCAGAAAUAACGACAACAACUACAACGAUAACAACAACAACGAUAACAACAGCAACGAUAACAACAGCAAGAACAACAACAACAACAACAGAAGAGUUAUCAGUUACUUCGAUGUCAAAUAAUAAUUAUCUUCAAUGGAAAUUAAAUUUUUCUAUUGUUACCGCACAUGGGCAUGGAGACGACUUAUAUCAAGUUAGUCGAGUUCAAGGAAUCUAUAUUGAUGAUGAUAAUCGAACGAUUUAUAUUACUCGACAUAAUAGUGAUCGAGUUGUUGGAUGGAAAUUCGGUGAAAAAAGUGGUGAAACCGUUGCUGGUGGAAAUGGACCAGGAGAUGAUUUAAAUCAAUUGAAAGAUCCAUCAGAUGUAACUGUUGAUAAAAUAAAUGAUUUACUUAUUAUUUGUGAUAAAGGAAACGAACGUGUAGUACAAUGGUCUCGUCGAAAUCGAACAGACCCAGAAAUAAUUAUCCCUAAAAUUAAAUGUAACGGUGUAACAAUCGAUAAUAAUGGAGAUAUUUAUGCUUCAGAAGGAAAAACACAUAGUGUUAUACGAUUAAAACAAGGAGAAACAAAGGUAACAACUGUAGCCGGUGGAAACGGGCCUGGAUAUAAUCUAAAUCAACUAAAUAACCCUGCUUAUAUUUUUGUUGAUGACCAAUAUUCGAUUUAUGUAUGUGGUUAUACAUCUGGUCGUGUCACAAAAUGGAUAAAAAAUGCAAAAGAAGGAAUUAUUGUUGCUAAGGGGAGAAUUCCAGAUACGAAUCAACUAAUGUAUGAUUAUCCGUUCGGAAUGGCUGUCGAUCAUUUUGGUAAUGUAUAUGUGUCAGAAGUUAACCGAGAUCGAAUAGUGCGCUGGUCAGAAAAGUCUACGGAAGAUUACAUUGUUAUGAAUGGAGGAAGUCAGGAACGACCACCAUAUUUGUUCGCUGCAGUCGGCGCUAUAUCAUUAGAUCGAGAAGGUAAUCUAUAUGUCGUUGAUAAUUUCCGUCAUCGAAUACAGAAGUUUGAUGUUGAUGUUAAUUGA